AUGUCCGAGAUGGUAAAAAAUCCAAGAGUGUUACAGCUAGAACAGGAAGAGGUGAGGCGAAUCUUCCCAAUCGGCAAGGAAAAUGUUGAUGAAGAUCUACCCAAUAAGCUAACCUACUUGCACGCAAUUAUCAAAGAAACAUUACGAUUACAUCCUGCCAGCCCGUUAGUCCUCUCGAGAGAAACCAGAGAGACCGUACCGAUCUAUGGGUUUGAGAUCCCUGCCAAGACUAGAGUCCUAGUCAACGUCUGGGCCAUUGGAAGAGACCCUAGUUACUGGAUGGAUGCCGAAAAGUUUUGUCCAUAA